GAAUCAGUCAUUGUUGAAACAGAUGAUCCUACGACAGAAAUAGAUGACAUAACAACAGAAUCAGUCAUAAUUGAAACAGAUGAACCUACGACAGAAACAGAUGACAUCACAACAGAAUCAGUAAUAAUUGAAACAGAUGAACCUACGACAGAAACAGAUGACAUCACAACAGAAUCAGUCAUAAUUGAAGCAGAUGAACCUACGACAGAAACAGAUGACAUUACAACAGAAUCAGUCAUAAUUGAAACAGAUGAACCUACGACAGAAACAGAUGACAUCACAACAGAAUCAGUAAUAAUUGAAACAGAUGAACCUACGUCAGAAACAGUUGACAUUACAACUGAAUCAGUAAUUGUUGAAACAGAUGAUCCUACGACAGAAAUAGAUGACAUAACAACAGAAUCAGUCAUAAUUGAA